GGAUGUGAUAUAAACAAUAUUUUUUUGAGACGAACAACACUUUCAUCGUUUUUAAUACCUUAAAUCACUGUCCAAAGUAUUAGGGAAGUCCCCUGAUUAAAAGAAGGGCUGUCAUGUUGCUGUGCUUGGGGAUAGAUUUGAUAGAACGGAAAGAAUAGAGACACACCCUCAAAAGCAAAAUAAUCAUGAGGAUAUUGGUAUAUAUAAUUCUAUCGGUGUUGACAGCACAAGAAGUCAAGUCCAAAGACUAUACAUUCCAGAUGGGCACAGAUGGCGCGUUUACUGUAUGGAUUAACAAUGUCAAGGUGAUUGAUCAUACCAAAGAGAAGCCCUUUCUAUAUGCUGGUCGAGGAACAACAGAUUUUGAGGAAGACCGGGGAAAUUUUGACAUUCGGGAUUAUGUAUUACAACGUCUGGAUCUUAAACUAAUAUCAAGGACUGAACCUACAGAUGGUGAUGAUUUAACAAUGGCAUUCGAUAAUACGUCGUCACCUCUAGUAGUAAAACUGCGUUCUGAAGAAGAUCAUUCGUUAACGAUUGAUAUAUCUGAUAUCGAGAAUGCUGGUUAUGAUAGAGUUUGGAUUCGUAUAGCCGCUGAUAAAGAUGAGGAGGUGUAUGGUGGUGGUGAACAGUUUUCUUACCUUAAUCUCAGAGGUCGUCCAUAUCCUAUCUGGACUAGAGAACAAGGUGUUGGCAGGAAUCAGAGUACUCUCGUAACUUUCAUGGCCAAUCAGAUGCAGCACAGUGGUGGCGAUUAUCAUACCACUUAUUUCCCACAACCGACCUUUUACAGCCGUAAAAAAUAUUAUUUUCAUCAUGGUUCUUCCAACUACGCUGUGUUAGAUUUUAGUAGAGAUGAUGCCCAUGAAGUUUUCAUUCUGGGUCAGCCUGGUAGGAUAUAUAUAAAUAGGGGUAACAGUUUUACGGAUCUGGUACAGAAAUUAACGACCUUAUUGGGAAGAAUGCCAGAAUUACCUAACUGGAUUUAUGACGGAGCAAUCAUUGGCGUGCAAGGUGGCUCUCAAAAGAUGGCAGAAUAUAUAGACUAUUGUGAUCAGUACAAAAUCAACUUGGCCGGGGUCUGGAUUCAGGAUUGGGCAGGCACGAAAAAAACCUCGUUUGGUAAACGUUUAUUCUGGAAUUGGAGAUGGAAUGAUACUUUAUAUCCUGGGUUAAAUGAGACCAUCCUUACUUUGAAAGAAAGGGGAAUCAAGGUUUUAGCUUACAUUAAUCCUUACCUCAAUCAGGAUGGAGAUAUCUUUAAGAUAGCCGAUGCAAGGGGAUAUUUUAUGAAGAAUAAGACGGGGCAGACAUUUAUUAAAGAUUUUGGAGAGUUCCAUUGUGGAACUAUAGAUCUUACCAAUCCUGAAGCUUAUGAUUGGUAUAAAAAUGAAGUAGUCAAGAAGAACAUGAUAGAUUUAGGACUGGGUGGAUGGAUGGCUGACUUCGGAGAAUAUCUUCCUAUAGAUGGGUACUUUUACAAUAAUAAAUCAGCACAGAUGGUUCAUAACGAAUGGCCAGUAUUGUGGGCGAAGCUUAACCGAGAAGCUGUUGAAGAAACUGAUAAUCUGGGUAAAAUAGUGUACUGGAUGCGAGCUGGUUUCACAGGUACAGGAAACUACAGUACUUUAAUGUGGGCUGGCGAUCAGGAUGUAGACUUUACCUAUGCUGAUGGACUCGCCUCUACUAUACCUUCAGCUUUAAACAUGGGUCUUAGUGGUGUUGGCAUUACCCAUUUUGAUAUAGGGGGAUACACGACCUUUGCUCCCAAAUUAGUUAGAAGUGCAGAACUAUUAUUACGAUCAGCAGAGGCAGCAGCAUUUGGACCAGUGUUCAGAUCUCAUGAAGGUAACCAACCUACAGCUAAUGUCCAGUUCUAUUCUUCACACGAAGUAUCCAUGAAGUACGCUCGUCUAUGUAACAUGUUUAUCAUGUUGAAGAAUUAUUCUGUACACGUCAUCAAGACCACGGCUGAUACUGGCAUACCAGCACAAAGACCGCUAUUCAUGCAAUUUCAAGAUGACCCUGGUUCGUAUGACGCCACAUACCAGUUCAUGUAUGGCGAUGACCUGUUAGUAGCGCCAGUAUUUAAGUCGGGUGUUACCGCUUGGAAUGUCUACUUGCCCAACGACACAGUCGCUAAUGCCAAAUGGGUAAACAUCUGGAACCCAGAAGAAAUGUAUGAGGGUCCAAUGAAUGUACAGGUUGCUGCACCUUUGGGUAAAACACCAGUAUUUUACCGAUCUACGUCUAUGUACGCGGACAUUUUUAAACAGAUUGGAAGCACACCAUUGAUUGUUGUUCCAACUGAUACUCCACAUCCAAAUCCAACUGGCUCCAUGAAUUUCAUAACGGCUUCCAUAAUAACCUGCUUGCUAGCGUCUUUAAUAUGUAUCAUAUUUUCUUGGGUUUAAAGUACCACGUAAUUUGUUGCAUUUUAGUUCGUUUUUUCUGCAACUUACGGCCAGUCCUAAUUUUUGAAGGAUCAGUUGUUAAUAUACAAAAUAAGCAAGACCCGAUUUGUGGUUCGGAACUUAGACGUAUGAGAUUCUCUUUAUCUGUACAUUCUGCACAUACAUGUACAUACAUGGAUAUUCGUUGUGUUUAGGUUUUUCUCCUACAAAUUAUUUUCCUAAGUUUUUCUUUUCGAAAAUAGUGACUAUAGAAUAAGAAUUCUCAGUCUCAGUAUUAGAGACUGAUAUUAAAUUAAAGGAAUUACUAUUUCUUUUAUGUUACUUAUUUCAUGUUUGAACUUCAUACACUGUUAACUAGUUUAUUUGUGCUCAGAUUUGUUCUGCUUUGUCUAUUAAGGCGGGUGUUUUUUGGUUAUUAGGAAGUGUAAUCUAGAUUACUUUCAAAUUACUUGUAAAUAUGUUGACGUAUUUUAUAUAUCGUAAUAUUCUUGUAAAUAUUUUAUAAAUAAAAGGCUGUGCCGUGUUA